UCUUUUACUUCUUCCACUCUUCUUCCCCCUCUUCAUAUUUAAAUACACUUCUCCUCCUGUCUAUUUUCUUCAUCCUCUUUCAUAGCUAAUACUCCCAAGUUACAAGGUCUUCAUCUUCUUUCAGGUUCUACUUUUUUCUACAAUGGCUGAUCGAGUCCACCCCCGUGACUCGUCCCCAUCAUCUUCCGAGUUCAAGCCUCCGGCACCUUCCUCUCCGGAACACCAUCCUCGGCCGCCUCAGUCUCCCAUGAAACCUCCAGAUUCUUUGCCUGACAAAUCUGUUCCUCCAAUUCCUGGAACUUACGUUAUCAAAAUCCCCAAGGACCAGGUCUACCGUGUUCCUCCUCCAGAAAACGCCAAGCGCUUUGAGAAACUCUCUCGCAAGAAGCCAAGACGCAGCGCUUUCUGCUGCUGCUUUUGCUGGUUCCUCGGCCUCCUUCUUACCCUCAUUAUCCUCGCCGGCAUCGCCGCUGCUGUCUUAUAUCUUGUUUUCCGCCCCAAAGCUCCUAAAUACUCGAUUGAUUCUAUAUCCAUUAAAGGUUUCAAUCUGUCAUCAUCAGUCCCUCUCUCGCCGGAAUUUGAUGUCACUGUUAGAGCCGACAACCCCAACGGAAAAAUAGGGAUUGAUUACCGGUCAGGAAGCUCAGUUAAUAUCUUUUACGAUGACGUUAAGCUCUGUAACGGUAAACUGCCAGUAUUUUAUCAGCCAAGCAAUAACGUGACUCUGUUUGUAACGGCGUUGAAAGGGUCGGGGAUUGAGUUAGCAAGUGGGGUACAUAAGGCGUUGGUUGACGGCGAAAAUAAAGGAACGGUGCGGUUUAAAGUGAAAAUCAGGGCGCCGGUGAAGAUUAAGGUGGGGUCUGUUAAGACAUGGAAGAUGACCGUUAAAGUUAACUGUGAUGUAUCAGUGGAUAAGUUGAAGUCUAACGCUCAAAUUUUGUCCAAGGACUGUGAUUAUGGUGUUGAUCUAUGGUAGGAAAUAGGAAUUUUGUUUUGUUUUCUUUAUUUUUUAGAAAUUGUUGUUUCAUAAGUGAUAAGACAAGGAUGAAAUACAUGAAUAUACAUUUUAGAUUAUAUGUUGAUUGUAA